AUGCCUCUCAUCACCCAUAACCCGCCCCCUCUCCGCCUCCUCCCUAGCAAAGAACACAUCACACACCUCGGAAGGCAUAUCCCCCGCCCAAGGAGGAUACCGCCGGCCCCUCUCGGCCAGCGUACUCGUAUCCCACUUGGCCCACGCCGCAAUCCUCGGCCUGCCGCCUCCCCCUUCUUCACCUUUACCCCCUCCCCUAUCCCCUCCCUCCGCCUUCGCCGUUCCGGUCACGGUAGCAACGCUGCUCACAUCAACGACCUUGACAAACCGCUGAAACGUCUUCGCCGCCAUAUCCCCGCCAUUCGCCUCGUCCCACCACGCCCUCACACCGGGAGUAUCGGGCCACAGGCGGGAUAUCACCUCGUCGCCGGCAAACGCCGCGAACCACGUCUCCGUCAGCGCGGGGACGUCGUCUAG